UCAAGGAUUUGGCUCAACACCGGCUACAUGACACCACUAGCACUGACGUGUUUUAAUGACAAACAAAACCUGCUCAAGUUUCAACAACGCGUCAUAGCUCAUCAGGUCAAACAUAUAGACCACGAUGCAUUGCGGACCAACGCUCAGUGUUUACAUAAAGCUACGACCUUCACUGCACUUCUCUACUUCCAGCUGGUCUAAAAGUGUAUCUAAACCUGAAUAAGAGGCAUUUUCAGUGAAAGGAAUGUUGUUGUGAAUCGCCAAAAUGUAGAAUUUCAGCUGUCGUCGACGCUAAAAAGAAUGACAACAGGACCGGAUGGUUACAUUGUCCAGACGACAGGCAGCAUCGGCGCUAAAACUAAUAGAACAUGGCAUCAGCAGGUCGACCAAACGUUUUUCCUGUGAAUUUGGCGAACAAGUUGGGGAUGGAGUGGAGCACCCUGGGCCUGCUCCUGGGCGUGGACUGGAGUCGAGUCAACCUUCUCCGCUCGCAGUACUCUCACAACUUACAGGACGCCAUCCAGGCGAUGUUACAGGAAUGGUGGGCGGGAGCAGGAGGCAGGACCACGGAAGAGAAGAAGCAGCAGCUAAUCGGCGCUCUCCGUGAGUGCGGCCGUGUUGAUUUGGCAGAGGAGGUACGCAAAGGGAGCAUCGCACUAGUUCCAAGUCAAACAGCUAGGGGAAGCUACCAAAGUUCUUCCAGUUCAGAAGAAUCCCUAGACUUCCCAGUACAGGACAGUGCAGGUGCAGCGGCAGUUGAUGGGACCGUGAACAUAACAGCGGGGAUACAGACUAUGACACUCCGGCCAACUGAGAGGCCUGAAUCCGCCUUGGGUCCACCACCGAUCUACCCCAUUCGUCCAAAUGUGGGACAUGCACUGAUUAUAAACAACAUCAAGUUCCCCACGGAAUCAAACAGAAACAGGAAGGGGAUGGAGAAGGACAGUGCUGAACUUCAGGCCGUUCUACAGAGACUUGGCUUCAAUGUGAAGGUCAAGAUAGAUCUCAAUUCCAACGAAAUGAAGGAAGCCAUCAGGAAGUUUAUUAACAAGAACCACUCUCAGUCCACGUGUCUGCUGCUGUCCGUGAUGACGCACGGUAAGGACCAGGAGGCCAUGGGGACGGACUGGAGGGGGGUCGGGAUAUACAAGGACAUCAUCCGGCCCAUCGUCAGGUCUGACAACAUCGCCUGUCCCAAGGUCUUCAUACUGCAGAUGUGCAGAGGAGGUGAAAAAGAUGUCGGCGUGAGGAAGGCGAGGUGGGGAGUGGAUGACGCGACUGACGCGGUGGCCAUGCGGGACCCGCAGGACAGCGACUCCGACUCUUCAUCGGAGGAAGAACCAACUACGGAAACCGCCACGUUCCAGGUAGACUGGGCCGGGGUGUGUGGUAAGCUGGCUCCUACAGAUGUGGACUACAUUGUAACAUGGGCAUGCGCAGAAGGAAAGGUGUCAUUGCGCAGCCGCGAACAAGGAUCCGUGCUGAUCCAGCAAGUUGUCCGGGCGUUCAACAGGUACGGUCGGGACGAGGACGUGGCCACCAUGUUCGAGCGGGUACGGAGAAACGUGGCCAAGGUCGAGGCAAACCUGACUGAGGAAAACAGGGAGAUCGUCGUCAAACAAUCGGCAGAAACCAAAACACACCUCUUAGGGAAACUCUAUUUCAAAUCGUCGACAUCAUCCGCGUAAA